GUCAAACAGACAGGCAAGACCCCAACUUUUGGCCGUGUACUCUUUGCAAAUCAAGAGUGAAAACCUCAGAAAAUGUGUAAAGGAUUAGCUGCCUUGCCUCAGACCUGUCUGGAGAGGGCUAAGGAGAUAAAGACUAAAUUGGGAAUCCUGCUCCAGAAGCCAGAGAAUGGCAUUGAUCUAAUAAUUCCAUGCCCAGAGAAGUUGGAGAAGAAGCCAGAGAAGCUUCAUAAACCACCCCCUGAUGAAGCCGUGCAAUGGCGUGAGUCCCUGGACAGAGUUCUCAUUAACAGCUAUGGUCUGGCUGCUUUCAGAAGCUUCCUGAGGUCUGAGUUCAGUGAGGAGAACAUUGAGUUCUGGGUGGCUUGUGAGGACUUCAAAAAGACGAAGUCCCUCGUGAAAAUGGCAGCCAAAGCUAAAAGGAUCUAUGAGGAAUUCCUUACAACAGAAGGUCCCAGAGAGGUGAAUAUUGACCACUUCACAAAGGAUGUGACACUGAGGAACCUGGUGGAGCUGUCCCCGGCCACAUUUGACCUGGCUCAGAAACGUAUCUAUGCCUUGAUGGAGAAGGACUCCUUCGCCAGGUUUUUGAGAUCAGAGCAGUAUCAGGAACUGAUCAACUGAAUUGCCUGACUGCAUGAGGUAUUAUGGGGGUUCUGAUCAUGGUGCCCUUAUUAAAAAUAAAUCCCAUUCGUGGAACAAUACAAAAGUAUGACAUUCUAUCUGAAUCAAAUAUGCCAAAUUUAACACUACUAUUUAUCAGAUGGAAUGUCCUUCUAAAGAUCUAAAUCGGUAAUAAGUGAUUGACAGUCCCAUGUCCUUGCCAAUGUUAAAAUAAUUAUACAAAGUUAAGGAAAGUAAUGGAAAAACUUACAUUCCAUACAUUUACUCCAGAAAUUCCUGUUUCAUCCACCAGUUAAUUUUAACAAAUAGUUAAUAUAAGCAUAUUCUGUGAUUUUUUAAAAAUAUUAUUUCAUAAAAAAGCAAUAAAGGUUAAAAAAAAAAAGUUCAAAAGUGACAUUAUAAUUGGAAAAAAAAUAGGAAAAAAAAAAUAUAUAUAUCACAGAAUUGGUUUAUAAAUUGUUGUGAGUACAUAAGUGCAUGUGCAAGUGCAUGCAUGUCACUCUUUUUAUGUGUGUGCAUGUUCGUAUUUUUUUCCUGGAGACUUAAUAAACAGGAAAUCCACAUUUCACAUUUGUAUUUUAUGACAUUCUAAAAUAGGGCAAGUUGGUACAGGUAAGAAUCAGACCGUUUCAACAGGUCAUAGUGACCAUGAGCGUUCCAUAGGUCAGAACUGGGCUCUGCUUCCCAAAACCAUCUUUGUGCUAAGAUUGUAUCAACAUUGGUAAUUGGUCAUUUUUAAUAUUCAAUGUGUUUUCCAAAACUCAUUUAAUUUUUACACUGAAAAGCUGUCCUAAUGAAAUGUGUGCCUCACACCAUUCUUAGAGUGGCUAAUUGCGUCAUUAGCAUAACUGAGAGAACAAUGUAACAUUUAAGACAUAUUUCAUUUUGGUCUUUCAAUUCAAUGUAGACAGCUCCCGGUGUGUUUUUUGAAGUUUUCCUUUUUCUUCAUUCCUUGCUCCACAAUGUUUAGAUGUUAUUGAAGUCAUUGUCAUUUCCUAUUUCUGUCAUUUAUUGGCUAUACACCAAUUGGCCUAUUACAACAGCUACUAAGAUGUUUAUAUGAUUUGUUACAUUAAAUUUCAUUACAUUCUGUUACAUUUAUUUAACAGAAUCCCUUGAAUUUUCUCAGUACCUUUUUGGUCUGAGCCAACUACACUACUCAGCGCACCACGCUGAUCCUCAAAAUUGAAAUCAAAAUAAAAAUAAUUCCAUAGGUCAGAAGGUCACCUUUAUUUCUAGUUUUUUUUUUUUUCCUUGCUCAGUAGGAUUCAGAUCUGAAGAUUGACUUGGCCAGUUUAACAUUUUACACCUUUUCUGUUAGAUGAAUGCCGGUAUUAGUUUUGUGUCAUUGUCCUGUUUCAUAAUGUGCUGCUGCUGAUGUCUGGUGGCUUAUUUUUUACAUUUGUUGACAAGAUCCGUUUGUAUAUGCCCAAAUCCUACUGCUGCCAUCUUCAGUGAAAUCAUCAAUAAAGACCAGUGAACCCAUUCUGGAAGCAGCUAUACAGUACAUGCCCAAGCCAUGAUACUCCACCAUGCUUUACAGUUGAAGUGCUGUGCUUAUGAUCAUUGACAGUUCAUGUUUUUCUCCACACUUUAGACUUUCCAUCACUUUAAUAGGUUUGUUUUGGUCUCAUCUGUCCAUGAAACUUUAAAACCAGAACUCAUCUGGCUCAUCUUUGUAUUUCUUUACAAAUUCCAAUCAGGCCUGUCUGUUCUCGCUGCUGAUAAGCAGCUUACGCCAUGCUGUCAUUUUGUUGGUGAAGUCUUCUGCAGAUUGUGGAAUUUGAUAUUUGCACCCCUGAUUUCUCUUUCAGUAAUUUUGGGAUGUGGAAGUAUUUUUCUGUCAUUCACUGCAGUUGUCUUUUUUGGGGAACCUAUUCUUGGCCUAUUCCCAACUGUACCUGUUACCAAUUUCUCUGAUGGUAAUUUUCUUUCUUCCUAUUGUCAUAUUGGCAGUUUUUUCUGUCAUAGACAAUUAUCUGGUCUUCAUGUUGGUUUCUGUAGACUAACUCAAAUGGAAGACAGUUUCAAAACACUCUUAACUAUGUUUGGGUCCCAAAUUAUAUGUAUAUGUAUCUAAAUUAUCUCUGAACAAUAUCUAAAUACAUUAUGCACUUUACAUAGACAAUCAAUUUCUUUCUCAGCAGGGCACGCUUAUUAGCAACCCACUUUACUCCAACAAUGCACAUUUCACACAAACAACCAUCAUGAAUGGGAAACAUGGGAAACAGGGCCCAGUUCAAUUAUUGUUAUUUUCUUUAUUUUGUCUAUUUCCAGUCGUCUUGAGAGACAGAAAUGGUUAGGCAUUUCUUUGAAAUUGCCUCUUUAAAAGUCUAAACAAGUAGUUAGAUGGUAAACAGCAAACUAUAUACUCAAUAAUUCUUCAUAAAAAGUGACAUGAAAUACAAGUGUUCACGUGUAACUUAUUUGAACUGCAGAGUUGCUUACUGUUUGUUUAAUAUCGGAGAGUAUGUGGUCAAGUAUGGAAUAUCAUGUAGGAGUGGGCAUAAGUGAAAAGUUGUUUUUGAGGAGAAAGUUUAUGCCCUUACAAGGAUUGCAGUAGACAUGCUCAUUUUAGAUGUACUGCCUGAUCAUCAGAUUGCCCACAAAAGAGAGGAUUUUUUUACACAAAAAUGUAUAUCAUUUAAUGACCUAUGCAUAUUCAGCAUUUUAAAAUACAGUUUCUAUGGUCUUUAUAUUUACUGUUUCACAAUCUCAUGCUGGUAUCAUGAUGACUUAAAUGCACUUAAAUGUAGUAAUCUUUUAUAUGUGUACUCCAGAACACAGUUACAGAAUUUUGUCAUCAAUAAUUGUAAUAAUAGUGAUUAUUACGGUAUUCUAUAAUUACUAUUGUCUUAAGUGUAAUUAGGAUGAGAUAAUGUAAUGAUAUUGCAAUUACAUUUUCAAGUAAAUCAAUGCUGUAUCCCAAAACAGGUCUAGUGUCCAUGUAUACUUUGAUAUAAAAUGGACUAUUAUCAGACUGUGUAACUGUAUGUUAAGCAGUAGUAUGCUUCUAUUUAUUGUAUUUUGCAUGCUUUCCUAAUUAGAUGUACUAUAAUCAUUAACGCUUGAUAUAUCCAUGUUAUUAUCCCUACAUUUGUACUAUAAGUCCUUAUUGCUUCCCAGUCAUGCAAGUCAUCGCAAAACACUGCAGGUGAAAAGUCGACAAUUACGGUAAUGUUCAUUACUUCGCAGAUACAUUUUCAAAAUAUGGUUAAAUAAUAUAUUUUUUAAAUUUUACAGUUAAAGUUGUAUUCUAGAAAAUGUGGCAACAUUUAGACAAAAAAAAAAAUAAUAAUCAGAAAUACAGUCAUUGUCAUACAGUCAAAUUGGUCAUAUAAUAAUCACACUUAAAUAAUAGGUGAUUAGCUCAUUUUUCAGUAUUUUUGUACUACAGUAUCAAUACUGUGAUAAAAAAAAUAAGGACUUAGUACAGGUAUAUGAUAAAAAUCUUAUAUUUAGCAUCAAACAGUGUGUGCGUGUAUUUCUGUUGCCAAUACUAUAAAGGUACAUUGAUACAUUAA